CCCAGAAGGUUGUCUUCUCAACGCUCACUGAAGCUGAAGACCAGAAGGAGCAUCACCUUGACUCCCAGCCAAAGGAAAGAGUUGGAGACACCACUGUUCUGAGCAUGAUGUCUUAUAUAAAGCAACCACAUUAUGCAGUCAAUGGAUUAACUUUGGCCGGACCGGGUAUGGACUUACUGCACUCAGCCGUUGGAUACCCCACCACUCCACGGAAACAGAGGCGUGAGCGUACGACGUUCACGCGAGCCCAGCUAGACAUCUUAGAGGCACUUUUUGCCAAGACCCGCUAUCCGGACAUCUUCAUGCGCGAAGAGGUUGCCCUGAAGAUCAACCUGCCUGAAUCCAGAGUCCAGGUGUGGUUCAAGAACCGCCGGGCCAAAUGUCGCCAACAGCAACAGCAGAGCAGUGGGCAGGCCAAAGCCCGCCCCGCCAAGAAGAAAAGCUCUCCUGCCCCAGAGACCAGUUCAGAAACCAGCGCCAAUGGGCAGUACAGCCCCCUGCCAACUGGCACGCCAGUUGCACCCAGCUCAAGUGCCAGCGCCACUGUCUCCAUCUGGAGCCCGGCUUCCAUCUCGCCGCUCCCAGACCCACUGGCCUCUUCCACCACCCCCUGUAUGCAGCGACCGGCGGCAGCCUUCCCCAUGACUUACACCCAGGCACCGGGUUAUACUCAGACGUACGCUGGGUCCACUUCCUACUUCAGUAGCCUGGACUGCAGCUCCUACCUGUCCCCCAUGCACCCCCAGCUGUCAGCCCCAGGAGCAGCGCUGAGCCCUCUUGCCACCCCGACCAUGGGCAGCCACUUGAGCCAGUCCCCAGCCACCCUCUCCAGCCAGGGGUACAGCAGUGCAGGCAUGGGCUUCAGCUCAGUGGAUUGUCUGGACUACAAAGACCCCACAGCCUCGUGGAAACUCAACUUCAAUGCUGCUGAUUGCUUGGAUUACAAAGAUCAGAGCUCUUGGAAGUUCCAGGUCUUGUGAAAGGUGGGCAACGGCACCUCCCUAGCAGGAAGCUCUCGUUCCCCUUUGCAUCGUAUUCGGGGACAACC